CGCGGCUGCAGCGCUGGAACUUGCCAGACGACAGGCGGGACUCGGAGACGCUCCUUUCGGCUGCUGUCGGUCCGUUGGUCCAUCCCGGUUCCUAUUGUCUCCCCGUUUCCACUCCUUCCAGACGAACCCGGAGACGACUCCCCAAACUUGGCCGCUUUUCUUCCUCCUCUCGGACCCGCGGCGCGUUUUUUUUUUUUUCCUUCUUUUUUUGGAGACUUGGCUGAGAAUUGAACCGUCUCCGUGCGCGAAAUUUGGACACGUUCCUCUGUGUGUGUGUGUGUUUGUGUUUUUAUUUUAACACAAUUUCCAGCGGAGACCCGGUGAAUGAAGGGGCCAACGGCUGAGUGGUGCUGGUGAUCUGGGAAUCCGCUCCGGUGAAAUUUUACGCACCGUUCCGUGUCUGGAUAAGAUCCGGUGGAUGAGUGCGGCGGUGUGUUGGAGGUACAGACGCGGGGCUUUUGGUGAAGGAUGCUCCGUUACUGCCCCUGAGAGGAGCGGGAGGAGAGGAGAGGCUGGAACCACUUUCACUUGUUUUCUCCACCCUGGAACAAAUUAGGCUGCUUCCAUCAGCCCAGCACCAGGAUUAUUUCAUCUGGGGGGUAAAUCCGGCUCAUCUCACAUCUGGUGUCUUCUGGAUUCAGCUCCAAUGAGGAUCACUGGAAAGUCUGUUAUUUAACAGGAAUCCGGUUCAGAUGCAGCUGAUCUGAAGCCUCCGUCUCUGUGGAACUUGACCCUCCAAAAGGUCCACCUUCGCCCCCCAACAUCUUCCAACCCUCGACCCCCCCAUGUGUUCUGGAGCUCCUCAGACUGGUAGUGUCUGAAUGAAGUAGUAGCCGCCAGAAAGCUUGCUGCUCCCCGAGGCUUCCAGCCGGGCUGCCGGCCAGCCAGACGGCCCUCUGGAGGGUUCCUUUGGAUCUUGAAGCGGAGGUUCUGGGCCCCACGUGGACGCCAUGGGCUGCUGUAGCGGCAGGUGCACCUUGGCCUUCAUCUGUGGCAUGCAGCUGGUGAGUGUGUUGGAGCGGCAGGUGAUCGACUUCCUGGGCUACCAGUGGGCUCCGAUCCUCACCAACUUCCUGCACAUCAUCGUGGUCAUCCUGGGCCUGUUCGGUACUGUCCAGUUCAGGCCCAGAUACGUCACCGGGUACGCCGCCUGGCUCGUCGUCUGGAUGACCUGGAACGUUUUCAUCAUCUGUUUCUACCUGGAGGUCGGAGAUUUGUCCAGAGACUCGGACCUGGUCCUGACCUUCAACCUGUCCAUGCAUCGGUCCUGGUGGAUGGAGAACGGGCCGGGCUGCAGGGUCACCCCCAUCCUGCCUCCUCCCUCCUGGGCGCCAGAGGACCACCGGUAUAUUUCUAUAUCCGGCUGUCUGAUGGACUUCCAGUUCAUCGAGGUGGCUCACUCCUCGCUGCAGAUACUCCUGGCUUUGGUGGGUUUCAUCUACGCCUGCUACGUGGUCAAACUCAUCUCUGAAGAAGAAGACAGCUUUGAUUUUAUAGGAGGGUUCGACUCGUACGGCUACCAGGGGCCUCAGAAGACCUCCCACCUGCAGCUACAGCCCAUGUACAUGUCCAAAUAAACCCAGAAGCUUCUCCAGGAGUUCUGCCUUACCGACGACCCACUUCUCCAAGCCCUGCUCCGUCUGAACAAACAGAUUCCUGAUCGACCUGAACUUCUCCGUCUGCCCGGCUGGAGUUCCUGAUGAAACAGCGGCCUCGUGUGGUCGGACUCGGUAACUGCAGGACGCCGCUCCUGGACUCCUGACGUUCCCUCAGGCUCCGAAUGUGAAUAUCCAUACUGUCGCCUGACCAAAGAGCUCAACCCAGACAAACAUCUUCUUCUCCUUCUUCUUCUUCUGCUCUCGGUGCCUGACGGAUCUCACACCGGACUUCCAGCUGAACUACCGAUGGACGAAUGUUUGUCUCUUUUUUUGUUUUUCUAGAACCUGGACUUGGUCUGAAUGUUAACUAACAGCUUCGUGUCAUCCGUGCAUGUGAACACACACGUGCAUGCACACUCCUUCACCUUUUUAAUGUGAAUCCUAACGAUGUUUACAGCGACUGGAGGAACCCUGAGACGCUGCUGGACGUUCCACACGUGUCUUUAGCUGUCUGAAUAUUUCGUCUUCCGCCCGAGACACAAACUGAGGCUGAGCGUGGAGGACAGACAGCGGCUGGUCGUCCUCCUCCGUCCUCUAAGAGUCCAAUCUGUCACACAUGUUGGUUCUGUUUUUAAGAGAAGAUAAAAGAGUCCAGAUCUGAUUAAAGGAGAAUUCUGACUUAUUUCAACCUGACGAGUUUCACGUUAACGGACUUUCUGCAGCCUCUAAAGAGAAAGAUAGUUUUCUUACAAGUUUUUAGUUUUCCAAAGCAGAAAUCUGUCAUUUUUCCAACUGUGUUAGCUUUAAAAGCUGCACAAUACUGGAAGAAAUCCGAUAUCACAACAUGAAAACAUCAAGUACUUUAUCCAGAUGACUUGAAUUACAGCAACUGCAAGACAGAAAACCUGUUUUUGGUCGACGUCUUUUGUUCCGAAGCUGAAAUAUUUCAGUGCAAUUAAUUUAUUUCUGCAGCCAAAUCUUCCUUUUUUACUUUUUUCUCCUGUUCCUCACUUGUUUUGCUGUAACAAGUGUUUUUGGAUGACUUCUAAGUCAUUUCCAAUAGAUUUUGAGUCACAUCGUGCAAGUUUUUCGUUAUAUUGGAGACUUUUAGUGCUGAUUUUGAGUCAUAGUAGACCAAUUCAAGGUAAUUUUACACACAUUUUAAGUAAUUUUCCACCAAGUUUGAGUCUAAUUGACUGUGGAAGAAACGUUUCAAGUCACUUUGGACCAUUUUAGUUAUUCCAAGCAGGGUUUGAGUCAUUUUAGACAAGUUUCAAGUAGUUUCAAACCAUUUUUAAGUAGUUUUGAGAAUAUUUUAGGUCAUUUUGAAGAACUUUGAGUCAUUUUAUUCAAAUUGUAAGUCAUUUUGGACAGUUUCUAAAUAAUUGUAGACAACCUUCAAGUCAUUUUGAGUCAUUUUGCACCAUUUCUGAAUGUUUUUGGACAUUUUUUGUCUUUUUCAACAGGUUUUUUGUCAUUUGGGACACAUUUAGCUGACUUUAAAAACUUUCAAGUCAUUUUGGACCAUUUAUAUUUAAUUUUGGGGAUCAUUUCACAGAACAUGUCUCAUUUUGGACAAAUUUAAAGUAAUUUUGAGUCAUUUUGCGCCAUAUUUGACUCUUUUUGGACAGGUUUCAAGUAACUUUAAAAUAAUUUUGGAGAUGUUUCAAGUAAUUUCUGAGAACUUGUCUCAUUUUGGACAAGUUUCAAGUCAUUCUGGACAGGUUUAGAGUCAUUUCACACCAACUUUGAGCCAUAUUGGACCAUUUUUGCAUCAUUUUGAACACAUUUCAUGUCAUUUUGGAGAAGUUGCUUCUUAUUUCGGUCAAAUUUUGAAUCAUUUUGAUCAAGCAGACCCAAAAAAACCCACAUUGAAGUGAAAUGCGGCAGGUUGAAAUGAACCAGAAUCCUCUUUUAAUGAGUGAAAUAGUAGAAAAUCAGCCCGAAGCUUCCACCCAGAGUCCAGACGCCCUUUACAGAAACGACAAUCACAGUCAGAGUCCUGCAGAGAGUCGAACCUUCACCGACGAGGAAAUCACUCGAUUCGUUAUUUAUUCCUUUAACUUAUUGAUCGAGACUCAGCGGCUCCAAUCUUCCACGAAUUCUAACGCUCAAAGUGCCAACAGCUUCACAGAUGAAACAAAUCUCUCUUUUAGUUUGUGGUGGGAGAUGAAUCCUCGUUAAGUCGCGAUCACUGGACCAAACGUCGGAGGCCUCGGACGCUCCCAGAGGAAGGACGAACCGUUUCCCUCCCGUUCUGUCCGCUGGCGCCCUCUACAGGCUGCGUUCGGAGGUUUUUGUGUGUUUGCAUGAGGUGUUUCCAAACGUAUUUAAUCUCAUGCCGACUAAUAAACUGUUCCGUGGAAUGCUCCUCGGCUCCAGAGUCCGAAACGUGAACUUUGUGGAGUUUUUUUUUUCUAUAAAUAACAAACCGGUGAUUUAAAAAAAAAACGAAAAAAAAAACAAGCAGCUAAAAUGUACCUUUGAGAACUUCUAGACGUUUUUUAACCGCGUGUGGCCGUGUUUACUGUUUUUUCUAGUUGACUAAUACCGUAUGAUGUUGUGUAUAAGUGGGACUACUAUGUUUUAUUCCUUCCAACUGUACAGCGUAUUUCAGGAGGAGAAUUAGUUGCACUAUAACCUGUAAUUCUUUCAUUUCUGUCGGGGCUGCAGGUUCACUUCCACUUCAAUUAAACUAAAUUUAACCGACAUUUGACCCGUUAAAUGACAUUUAAUGAGUGAAAAAAGCUGCAGAUGGAUGUUUGUUUUGGUAAAUUCCAAUCCGGGAGCUUAAUGGAUGCAGUUAAACGACACUUUUUGAAGUGAAAGUGAACCGAUUUGUUGAUUUAUUCGUCUUUUGGAUGGAUUGAUUUAACCGACACUGUGUAAUAAUCCACAAUUUGGCAAAGUCAGAAGGGAUUUUCAGAGAUAUAACGUGGCCCAUAUGUGUGUGUGUGUGAGUGUGUGACUUUGUUUUCUGUGUGGCGGUGAAUUAUUCAGCUUUAAAACCCAGAAUCUGCAAAAGAAACUCCAAUUUAAUCCAAACCAGAACUUGUUAAAGAUGAAUGAAAAGCAAUAAGAGCAGGAACAAGAUGUUUUAAAGUAUCAGAGUCACUUUUAGCUGCAGAUUUAUUCAUUUCGACUCUAAGAAAAGUCAGUUUGUGGCGCCUUCAAGUUCACAAUUAGUAGAAAAAAGUGAAGCCAGGAUCGUGUUUUGUCUAAAUUCUGUCAGCUAUCAGGUCAAUAAAUGAUUAAAUACAUCAGAAGCUGCUGAUUUAGAUCAACUUUUUUACUUGCAAUCAGUGUUUUGAAGGAUUGUUUGACAGAAUUUUGUUGCAUCAACUUAAUAUUUUGUGUAAUUUCAACUCAGAUUUCUACAUUAGUUGGUUUAAAACUAAACACAAGUUGAGGUAGCUAAACAAAAUUGGCUUAAUAACCUUAUUUUCCCCUUUUUCCCCCUUUUCACGUACUUAACUGGUGAUUAAAAAUACAUUUAGCUGUACAGGAAAAGCUAAAUUCUCUAGCUCAGUGGAGUUUGUUGGUUGAAUGUAAUUUCAUUCGGAUUCUGAAUCUGAAUAUUUGGUGAAAUGUGUUCUUCUAUCAGCUGGCUAGCUCAUGCUAAUCCUAUUUAGCAAUGAAUUUUGUUCAAAUAUAUUAAUGAGAGUAGCUUAAAUUCUGUAGAAAAGUCUACUUUUCGUCGUAUUAUAAUUGAAAAUAUCGCCAAAUUUAUUACUUUAGUGGAAUUUAUUUGUAAAAGUACCUGAAAAUGUGCCAGAAUUAUUUGUUUAUCCUGAACAAAAGGUGAAAAAAUGAAGCUAUCAAAUGCAUUUCAUUGAGUUCCUUUAACUUAAAUUUAGCUACCAUUCAACUAGCACAGAAAUUUGAGUUUAAAUUAGAGCUAAAAUUUGAGUUGAUGUGACAUUUGUUCGUCAAACCAACCAUAGAAAUAGUGCUUGCAACUUUAACUGUUUCUCUGGAUCAGUAAAUUUGAAUUUUAUUGCAUUUAUGCAUCUAAUUAAAUGGAAUAAGUUGUCAGAUGAGCAUUUAGAGGAUUCAAUAAUCAGAUUACAUUCAUGAGUUCAGGUUCUGGGUUUAAAGUUUAAAAUCCUCCGCUGAUACGAAGCCGUCCGUUGGUUGAACUCCUUCUCUUUUUACAGCUGAUGUACAGAAACUAGAAGCUGGGAUUAAAGUAGAGCGUGGAGAAGGAACGACUAA